UCCAGCAGGUGACGCUACAACUAGGUAGUAGCCUCAUUCGUCCUGCUACAUGUGACAUUGACAUCAACAAAGGCACCAUGAGGCUGACCGCUCUCCUCUCGAUGGCAGCCCGGGUUGUAGUGCCUAAAGAUUACCGCUACGGUACCAAUAGGCCCUGGACGGAGGCUGCUAAGAGGAUGAAUCCUCCGGGAAAGAAGAGGAGGAAGGUGUUCGUAGAGCCGAUAGAGGCAGAAGACUGGACCGUACUGAAGGGGGACAUGGUUGAGAUUCUUGCUGGUAAAGAUAAAGGCAAACAGGGAAAGGUGACGCAAGUCUUUAGGCGCAGAAACUGGGUCAUCUUGGACGGACUGAACACGCAUUUCAGGUAUGUGGGGAAAGCCGGGGAUUACCCUGGGACCUACAUUGCCAGCGAGGCUCCUUUGCUGAUCCGUGAUGUCGCCCUCAUUGACCCCUCAGACAGGAAGCCCACUCAGAUUGAGUGGAAGUACACAGAAGAAGGCGAGAGGGUGAGAGUGUCCAGCAGGACGGGACGAAUCAUCCCCAAACCGGUGGUGGAGCGACGAGACGGCAUCGUGCCUCAGCAGUGGAAAGACGGGCCCAAAGACACCAGUCCUGAAGACACGCUUGAAAAAUCGUACGUUCCAUCUCUGAAAACCCUGGAAGAGGAGGUCAUGGAGAAACUGGGUAUUCAGGAGCACAGGAGGCACCAGAAGUCCUACUGGUACUGAAGAUAAACGUCAGACUGGUUCUUCCUGGUUCUGUCCAGUUCUUACAGCUAUGCUGACCACAGCGUUCUCUGGACUGUCAAGACAACAAAAGGAGCCCAAACGAACUUACAAACACUGUUUCAGCAUUUUGUGGACCUCAUCUGUGUGCAACUUAUGUUCCUGAGGUAUUCUGGGACUUUUUUAUUUUUUCAGAAUAAUGUGAAUAAAUGUCAGGCCUGUGUUUUAUUGUUUUGCAGGAAACAAUAAUAAAUAGCAAAGUCCUAAAUCGUGGUUGUGAAUAAGUACUUGCCUGCAGUUCCACACCUCCACAAAAUAAAAUUACUUUUUCAAGCUUAGUGGGGCCUUUUAAGCCUUUUUGACUUAUUUUGGUUUUAAAUAAUGUCAGGUUUAAGUUUGACUAUUAAAUAGAAUGUCGUAUUUAGCGGCCAAAGGGAUUUAAAUCGCUUAAAACAAAACAAAAAUAAAACAGCAACCUCCAUCAAAAUGACUACAGAUUUGUUUUAUGAGUGCACUAUCUUAAAAUGUAGGACUAUUUUUAAUAAAACUUCCUUUUUUUUUUGCUGCAACUGGUAUUGGAGUAGUUUCCCAAAUGAUAUUAACUGUACUUGUUAUAAAACAUUUGCGCAUUUAGUAAAAAAUGACCAUUAAAUAGCAGAUUUACACUUA